AUGUUCCCAUUGGCUUGUGCUCUUUAUGCUUUUCUCGUUCGCCUCAAGUACAAAAGCAUAAAGCGGGUAAAUGAAGGUAAACAAAAAUCUGCUUCUUCACAAUUGUUGUUGUUUUUGUUUGUGAUCGAUUUGUGUUAUUUUCUAAUAAUUAUGACUAAUGACUCGAAUCAAAGUGAUCUUCAUGUGAAAAGAAGUCGAGUUGAGUAUCAGGAUCUAUGUGAUAUUUUCAGAGUUAAAGUGAAACAGUUUUCGGCUCAAUAUUUCCCAUUCUAUUUGGCCCGAUUGAGGACGAUUAGACCUUUGGUUCUCAAGUCUAUUGAAUCAACUUGGGGCGAUGGGGCUAAGGUCGUUAAAAUGAGCGAGUUGGUCGAUCACGUUGAUCAGAAGGUGAUCAUAACUGGAGUCUUAUUCAAGAAUAUGGCAAAGCAGCCAACUAUUUUGAAGGAAAUCGCUUCUGAGGAAAACCAAGACGCUUUACCUUUGACCCAACAAGAUAAUUAUAUCGACGAUGCUGAUUACCUGAUGCUUCAGGACGAAAAUGAAUGUGUUAAACUACAUGGAAAAUUAUCCGUUGAUUCUCAUGUAACUGGUGUUGUAAUUGGACUAAUGGGAUUCGCAAGCGAUGAAGGCAACGAAUUCUCUGUCGAAGAUUAUUGUUACCCUAUGUUACCAGAUCCUUGGUCGAAAUGUCCCAAUUCCAACGAGGAUAAAUACGUUCUUCUUGUUUCUGGGCUUGGUUUCAGUCGUAAUUUGUCUUCCAAAUUGAAAUCUUCUCUUGAUUUAUUGUCCGAUUAUUUGGUUGGUCUAUUGGAUCCUGAAGAAGAUGAUAGAAAGCCCGCUAGAAUAAUUCGUCUUAUUAUUGUUGGUAAUUUAAUUGGAGAAAAUGUUCGUGCUGAGGAAGAGGCCAAAGAUGAGACAUUGAAAAAGCCUUGGUUGAGAAAAUCGAAACCAUUUACUGUGGAAAUCAUGUCAGCAAUUGAUGAUUAUCUUGUAGAAUUAGGGAAAAGCAUUGAAAUUGAAAUCAUGCCUGGUUACACUGAUGUUACCAAUUCAUCUCCCCAACAGCCAAUUCAUCCUUCCAUUUUGCCCCGAAGCAGUGUUUGUUCAGCAAUAAGGUCAGUUACCAAUCCUUAUGUUGGUUCAUUUGACUCUCGUCUCUUUAUUGGAAAUUCUGGCCAACCAAUUGACAAUAUUCGCCAAUUCAGUGAUUUAAAAGACUCAAUUGAAAUCAUGGAGAAAACUAUUCAUUGGUCUCACAUGGCACCGACAGCUCCAGAUACACUUCAGAGUUACACUUACCAAGAUAAUGAUCCCUUCGUUUUCAAACAAUUACCUGAUGUUUAUUUCACUGGAAACCAAGAAAAAUUUUCAACUUGUAUCAGACAAUUUGGUUCGAAAAGUAUUCGACUCGUAUCUUUGCCUAAAUUUGAAAAAUCUUUUGCCGGAGCUCUUGUUAAUCUAAAAGAUCUGAGUUGUGACUUAGUUUCUUUCAACAAACUAUGAAAGAUUCUUCAUCCCAAUGACAAUUGAUGCCAAUCUAUUUUCAUCAUCCUGUCCGAUUAACUCAUAUUAUUAAUCAAGUGAACAAUAUAAUUAUCUGUUGAUUGACACAAUCAACAAUUGAAUAAUCAACUCGGUUUACUCAUCCAUUCGCUAUAUUCAUCAAUAACUCUCACUUAUGCUCUGAUUAAUUGGUCUUUAGGAUCCUUUUUAUUCAAAUCAAUUUCUUUAUUUUUUGAUUUAAUUUUCUAAAACAUUUUCGAUUCUUCUAUUUUCAGGUCAUCUCGAGUUUUCUCAAUAUCAACUAUUAGACGGAAUUUGUUAUUUCUUUGUCAAUCUUAAUAAAUUGGUAUCAUCUAUAAUUUUGUUUAUUCUGAGCAUUUAAUUAAUGUCUCACACGUUUGACGAUUAAUCUGUCAAGUUAAACGAAUGCUUAAUUAAUCCUUUUCAAUAAGCCCAAAGAAACCUUUCCAAGUGAUGAAAGUGAUCAUUGCACCAAUGAAGCCUCCAACUAUUAAUGGAAACAAAUUAGCCACAAAUGGAAACUGUUAAUUAUGAUAACAUAAUAAUCGACAAAUAGAAUCAAUAAUGAUGUUAAUUAAAUCAAUGGGUAAUUUAUCAUGAAACUAAUUCUUUAACCACAAACUGGAUACAUUUUUUGCUUGGCAAAGGAAAACAUUUCGAGCUGAUUAAGACAAAGAUGUGAAAAAAUCAUCAAUCAAUUGUAAAUGUAAUUAUCAUGAAGUGAAAAACAAAAAGACUCUCAGCCUUUUCUUAAUCAUUUGUUUCCCAGAUGAUUAACCAUAACAAAGUUGAUGAUUCAAAUGAUGAUCAGAAUGAUUGUAAUAACAAUAACCAUCAUAAUGGUAAUAAUGAAAAGGAUAAUGAUUAUUGUAACUGUUUUUCUUCAUUCGCAUAAACUUGUAAUUGAUUAACCUUUUCCCUGUUGA